GUCAUUUCCUGGGAAUGGCGAUAGUCUUUGUUGACUGAAAAAUCGAGAUUUUGCGACUGCAACUAGAGUCUACCAGUUCGUUGAACUUUGUGGUUCAAGAAUAUAAUCUAAUUUUGAGCUGAGUUGUAAGAAGACAGCUUCCACCAUGUCUGGUGAUAUCAAUCGCCAGCUGAGCCAUAUGUCUGAGGCCUCCUCUGUGGGUAGUGAUGGCAACUCAUCAGAAGAGAUGGAUGAAGACAUAGAUCAUAGUUACUAUGAAGAUACUUCAGAUGACCUAGGGCUUGACUGCCCAAGUAAAACAGAUGAUCCUGAGUACUUUGAAUAUGAACCUCUGCAGCUGAUAGAUGCAGAAAAAAUGCUCAACGAAGAAAUUGAAGCAUUGUGCACUAAGCUAAAGGUGAAUCCAUCAAUGGCGAAGAUGUUGUUGUUGCGUCAUAAUUGGAACAAGGAGGAGAUUAUAGACAAUUAUCAACGAAAUCCAACAGAAUACUUAAUUGAAAGUCACUUAGCCAGUCGACAUAGACAUGACAAUUUAAUGGGUCAUAGGCCUUUGUGUUCAGUGUGCUGUGUAGAAUAUUCCAAGGACAGAUUUAUGGGUGUGGCUUGUGGUCAUUUGUUUUGUAGAGAUUGCUGGGAUAUGCAUUUUCAAAUUCAAAUACAAGAUGGCAUCACCACAGGUAUUGAGUGUAUGGCCAAAGAGUGUCCAGUGUUAGUGACAGAAGAUUUUGUCUGUGAAAUUCUCAGCCAUCCAAAGCUUAGGGACAAAUAUUCCAAAUUUUCUUUUAAUGAUCUCAUUAAGUCUCAUCCCAACCUCCGAUUCUGUCCUGGAGUCGACUGCUCAGUAAUCAUCAAAGCUAAAGAGCCUAAAGCCAAGAAAGUGGAGUGUCAGUCUUGUAAAGCUACUUUCUGUUUUAAAUGUGGCAUUGCUUACCAUGCUCCAACUGAAUGUGAUGUCAUCAAAAGGUGGUUAACAAAAUGUGAAGAUGAUUCAGAAACAGCCAACUACAUCAGUGCCCAUACUAAAGAUUGUCCCAAGUGCCAUGUAUGUAUUGAGAAAAAUGGAGGGUGUAAUCAUAUGCAAUGUCCUGAAUGCAAGUAUGACUUUUGCUGGAUGUGUUUAGGGGAUUGGAAGUCUCAUGGAAGUGAAUACUAUGAAUGCAGUCGUUACAAAGAAAAUCCAAACAUAGCCAACGAGUCAGUCCAUGUACAAGCCAGAGAAGCCUUGAAAAAGUAUCUUUUUUAUUAUGAGAGGUGGGAGAACCAUGCUAAGAGUUUGCAGCUGGAAGAGACCACUACAGCCAAGAUCACAACCAGAACCCAAGAGAAAGUGAUGAACAAUCAGGGCACAUGGAUAGACUGGCAGUAUCUGCUGAGAGCUGCUGGCCUUCUCAAAAAGUGCAGGUAUACACUCCAGUACACUUACCCUUAUGCAUAUUACAUGGAGAAAGGACCUAGAAAAAUUUUAUUUGAAUAUCAGCAAGCACAAUUAGAAGCUGAAGUAGAGAAUUUGUCUUGGAAAGUUGAAAGAGCAGAGAUCACAGAUAGAGGGGUGCUAGAAAAUCAAAUGGAUGUCGCAGAAAAGAGGAGGCUUACAUUACUUAAAGAAUUUCUAGAUGUCCAAGUUCUCUAAUGAUAAUUGAGAGACAGUUGCUGUGGUUGUGGCUGAUUGCUAAUAUAUGGCCAAGUAAAGACGCCAAUGUGAAACAUCAGUAUUCUCCAUUUACCAGCAUCAUUUAUUCAACUUUUUAACAGGAGAGUACCAAUAAAACAAAAAAGUGGAGCUUGUAAAACUGUCAUCUCUUAUUUGAGUUACUUUAAAUAGUUGAGUAUAUGCAAUUUGUAAAUAAGUUCAGUUUUUAAUUAGCUUUGGAAGAAACAUUUACAAUCUGAGCCUUUCUUUUUUCAUAUCAUGUAAAUUUCAUAAAAGUAAAUGCUUUAAAAUAAACAACUUGAUUAAUUGUGAGGAUUAAAGAUUGUUGUGUAGGGUUGUUGUGAAGAAAAAAGUUUCAGAUUUAUUUUUUUUUAAGUUGUGCUUCAUUUGUCUCUUUGUGAUUUCUUAAGACUAAAAUAUUCUUUCUUUUUUUUUUUUUGUAUUUUUAUUUUUUUUUUUUUGUUUUUUUUUUACAAAUAUUGACAACUACAUCUUUUUUUGAGAUGUGUGAUAGAGUACUUUCCUGUAAAAAUUAGAUUCAAACUACAUUUUAUUUAUUUUAAAAUAUUGAUAUAAUUCAAUGAAACUGGUUGCUUGGAUGACAAAUUGAUUUUCUUAAAAAAAACAAAAACAGUUUUAUUGACAUAGAACAAAUUAAUAUACUUGGGAACUUUUAAUAUUUCUAGUCCAUUCUGGUGGAGUAUAAUUAGGCUGUAACAGAUACAUAAGUGGAUAGAUUCAAAUGUGUGAAAAGUGUUUAGUUUUUGUCUUUACCAGUAGUUCACCUCGCUUUCCAAGUAGGUAUUUAAAAAAAAAUAACUCUCAUUGUUGGCAGAUCUAUUUCCUAACCGAUUCUCAAAUCAAAAUGUAACAAAUUAUGUCAAAUUAACCAAACUUAAUCAGUUCUGUUUGUUAAUUAGAGAAUGUGUAACAAAUGUCACUGCUCCAUUACAAACGAAUACUCUCAAAUUACAGGGAAUAUUGUCCAAGUUACUUCCAAUAAACAAAUUGAAUGGUAUAAUUGUAUUUCAUUAACCUUUUUUUUUUUGGUUCCAUUGACAUUAUCUUGAGACCCUCCAGUUUGUUAUGAAUUGUACUGGCUCAAAAUCUAGCACUACAACCUCAUGGUAUGUGUGUACAGUUACUCUGUGUGAUUUGCUGUACAUUUUCUUGACAACUUUUAUUCCCCAGGUCUAUAUGAUGUAUAAGUCUGUACAUUUUUUAUUUCCACAUUUCAUUCAUUUAAUUUAUUUAUUUAUACUUUGAUUUU